CCCACCUCUGGGAAUCUGCUGGCUCCUGCGCACUUUCUUGUUCUACUCCAGUCAGAAUUUUAAAAGGAACCAAAAGUGGCUGAGCAGACACGAAAUGAAAGGACUUGUUGUGUUGGUUACCUUGGCCUGCUUUGCCAGUGCUCAGCACCAAGCACUUAUUGACUACUUGGAAAGGAGACUGCUUGCUAUCGAGGACAGGAUCUCCCUGUGGCACGAACAGACCACCCGCUAUGCCUCUGAGCUGCGGGAGCUGAAGCAGCAGAUGGUUUCACAGUUGGAGAGUCUAGAUAAAGAAAAAGAAGCGCUGAGAUUGAACCUGGACAGUGUGGGAACGAGGGUAGACCGAGUCGAGCGGGAACUGGACUACUUGGAGACGCAGAACGGAGCUCAGCCAUGUGUAGAUGUGGACGACAAGUUGAUAGAGCAGCAGGUGACUCUGGUAAAAGAGAAGCAGAAGACUAAAUAUUUAAAACUCACAGACUGCAGUGACAUGAUCUCGAAUAUAAAAGCCAUGAAGAUCCUGAAGCGUGUUGGAGGGCCCAAGGGCAUGUGGACCAAAGACACCAGCAAGGCCUCUGGUAAGGUCUAUAUUUUCAAUGGGACCGCUGAGGACACCAUCUAUGAAUUUGCCACUGUGCAGGACUUCACCCGCUCAACUGGCAUGUCUCUGUCCACCAACCUGAAGCUGCCGUCUGCCUGGAAGGGAACAGGACAUGUGGUCCACAAUAACCAUGUGUAUUACAUAAGUCAGGCAGAGGAGAUUAGUGUGGUUAAAUAUGACAUGGGAACUAACUCUGUGACAGACAGUGCAGUGUUUCCAGUGCAAGACCAUGUUCCUGUGUACAGCCUGACCCCUGAGACACUGAUGGACCUGGCUGUGGACGAAGAAGGACUGUGGGCCAUUUACGCCACAAAGCAGAACGAAAGACACAUCUCUUUGGCUAAAAUGGACGCCAAGUCGCUGGACAUUGAGCAGAUGUGGGAUACAAACUGUCCAAGAGAGAACGCAGAGGCAGCUUUCGUCAUCUGUGGCACUCUGUAUGUGGUGUACAACACCAAGCAGCCCGGUCGCUCACGACUGCAGUGUGUGUUUGACGUGAAUGACAUGGUGACCAAUGAGGACGCACCACUGGUUUACUUUCCAAAACGCUAUGGAUCCCAUUCCAGUCUGAAGUACAAUCCCCAGGAGCAGCUGCUGUAUGCCUGGGAUGAUGGCUACCAGAUCCUGUACAAACUUCUCAUGAAAAAGAAGCUGGAAAUUUGAGCUGAAUAAAUCCAAACAAAUUCAGCGUUUUAAAAAGUUUUAGUGUCUUAUCAACAAAUGAUAUCUAACUGCUGAGCAUUUCAAAUUUCAGAUGUUUGAAUGUCUUUUCCCGCCUUUUCAGACGGUAUUAUUGAACUGUGUAAUUCAGUGGGCAUCAAGUAUUUUCCAAGUUCACUGUUCAAACCAGUACACAAAUAUAAUGAGGGUUUAUCACAAUGGCUAACAUCUGUCAUCAUACAUAAUCAUUUCCUUUAUUGCUAAUUAAAAAACUGAUUACUGCUGAUUUAAGUGCAUGUGAUUUGUAGUGAAUGAACUAACCAGGAGUAAAAGACUGGAAAGAGUAAAUACUGUGUUGGUGUUGAGAGAUAUUUUGUGAUGUCUAAAACGUUUUCUCAUGACUGCAAUGAUUUAUUUCUAAUCAGACCACACUGCACAUCCAGCUCUGUCUUCACUUCUGUAAGUAAACUAGACUUACUGUCUUUGUCCCCUGACAUCAUGUGCUACUGGUUCACUCCAGGCUUAAAAAAAAUAUGCAACAUUCCUUGACAACUUCCUUUAAUCUCAUUAUCUCUAUGCUUUCCCCUUCACACUGUAUUUUGUUUUAUUUUAUGGGGGGUUGUUUUGCUUGUAUUUGUGUGUGUGGAUUGAUAUAUUAUCAUCAUUUCAUCCUCUGCAGUGUCACUGGAAUGUCAGAAUAUGUGCAAGAACUUGCUAGCUGGCUGGCACUGUUGUUUUUCUCUCUAUGUGUUAUGUCUGCUACACGUCUGAGACUUGUUACUAGAAGGCCUUCAAAUCAGCAAACACCACCACUAUUUGGGUCACAUAUCUAAUGUACUGCAUGUGUUUAUAUCUAAGUAUAUUAAUUUCCUAUGUUUGAUUGUGCAUGUUUUUCCACUAUGAUUCAUUUCCGCUAAGUAUUCAUUAUGAAAAUAAACAGCAAACUAAACCUGUUAAAGUCUGACUUUCUUAGUACAAUAUUGUGUUCAAUAGAUAAUUUGGCUUCCGAGCCAAAUUUCAGGCUGAUACUCAAACUGUAAUCAUAUAUAUUAAAGACUAAUAAAAAUAUGUA